GGUGGCGACGCGAACGUCACUGUUCCGGGCCGCGCGUGUUUACGUGGAGCUGAAGAUGGCGGCGCCGGUGGAGCAGCCACGGAGGCUUCUGUCGCUGUAGCGGGGCCGGCUGGUGGCGGCGGUAACGCGUCUGCUCUCUGCGCGCAGGGGCCAUGGAGGACGAGGAGAGACAGAAGAAACUAGAGGCCGGGAAAGCCAAGCUUGCCCAGUUUAGACAACGGAAAGCACAGUCUGAUGGGCAGAGUGCAUCCAAGAAGCAGAAAAAAAAGAAAAAGGCAUCAAACACCAAAGAUGAAGAAUCAAUACAAGAUGGUCCUGAUAUUGACUGGUCACAGGGUGAUGAGACAUCCACAUACCAAAGAGGAGCAGCUGCUACUGCAGACUUUGCUAUGAUGAGGACUUUACGCAGUGGAGAAAUUAUCAAACAUGACCAGACGUAUACAAUUGAACCAGACAGUGAAAUUUCCACUACAGCAGAUGAUUAUAGUUCUGAGGUAAAUGGUUGCAGUUUUGGAACAAGAACAGCUAUAUCAGCAGAGUUAAUCAGGGAAGAAGAAUUUGGAGUUGGAGAGACUUAUUCUGAGCAUGAAAUGCAGCACUCUCAGACACGACUACAGAUGAUGGAGAAUGAAUUGGCUGGGAAACAACAAGAGAUUGAAGAGCUAAACAGAGAACUAGAAGAAAUGAGGGCAGCAUAUGGUACAGAAGGAUUGCAACAGCUUCAAGAAUUUGAGACUGCUAUCAAACAAAGAGAUGAUAUUAUCACACAGCUUACUACUAAUCUACAGCAAGCACGGAAAGAAAAGGAUGAAACACUGAGGGAAUUUUUAGAGCUUACUGAGCAAAGCCAGAAACUGCAAAUUCAGUUUCAGCAUUUACAGGCAAGUGAAGCCUUAAGGAAUACCAGCCAUAGUAGUACAGCUGCGGAUUUAUUGCAAGCCAAACAACAGAUCCUUACACAUCAGCAACAGCUAGAAGAACAAGAAUAUCUACUAAAGAAUUACCAAAAAAAGAAUAAAGAAUUUGAAGUACAAAUUACACUUCUGCAAGACCAAAUCAGUAUCUAUGAAAUGGAGAAACACAAAAAUGAAAGAGAAGAUUCUAAUAAAAAACUACAAGAAAAAGAAGCACUAAUUGGAGAGCUGAAAGCAAAAAUAAUAGAAGAAGAAAAAAAUGCAUUUCAGGUGAAGGAAAAAUUAUCAGAUGCCAGUAAAUCACUUGAGGAAUUAAAAGAACAGAUUGUACAAAAGAAUCAAGAGGCCAAUAAUGUGAGACUACAACUGGCUAACUGCAAACAAAAAGAAAGACAAUGUUCUGAUGAAAUAAAACAGUUAAUGGGUACUGUGGAAGAAUUACAGAAGCGAUGCCAUAAAGACAGCCAAUUUGAAACUGACAUUAUACAAAGAAUGGAAUUAGAAACACAAAGGAGACUGGCACAACUUCAGGCAGAAUUAGAUGAGAUGUACGGGCAGCAGAUUGUACAAAUGAAGCAAGAGUUAAUUAAGCAACAUGCAUUAGAAAUUGAAGAACUUCUUGCCCAACAAAAAAUAGAGCUGGAGAAAACUUUAAAUCCAUGUUCAAGUGAUAAUAUUAAUGAAGAUCAAGUACAUUUAAUGAAUAUUGCAAUUAAUGAAUUGAAUAUGAAAUUGCAAGAUGCUAAUUAUCAGAAGGAAAAAAUAAAGCAAGAUUUGUCAAAACAACUGGAAGAAAUUUCAGCAGAAAAUUCUCUUCAACAAACACAAAUUGAAGAUCUUUUUCAAGAACUGACCUUUGCAAGAGAGCAGAUUCAGAGAGCCAAGCAAACCAUAAUGGACAAAGAAUGCAGAUUAAAUGAAGCAGAUAAAUACGCGCUUAUGAUUGAAGAUCUGAAAGCUCAGCUUGCUUCUGCAUCUGAGCUCAGGAAAGAGUUAGAAUUAAAACAUGAGGCAGAAGUCACAAAUUAUAAAAUAAAACUUGAAAUGCUAGAGAGAGAGAAGGAUGAAGUUUUGGACAGAAUGGCUGAAUCUCAAGAAGCUGAAUUAGAGAGACUGAGGACACAGCUUCUGUUUAGUCAUGAAGAAGAACUGUCCAAACUUAGAGAAGACUUACAACAAGAGCACAGAACAAACAUUGAAAUUCUUAAAGAUAACUUGGCCACACACUAUAAACAGCAAUUAGAAGGAACACAAAAUGAAAUGAGUCAAAAGAUAGAAUCUAUGCAAUUUGAAAAGGACAACUUAAUAACAAAGCAAAGUCAGCUGUUGUUGGAGAUUUCAAAGCUGAAAGAUUUGCAGCAGUCUGUUGUAAAUUCUAAAUCGGAAGAAAUGACUCUUCAAAUACAGGAACUCCAAAAGGAGAUUGAUGUUCUUAGGCAAGAAGAAAAAGAAAAGGGUACACUUGAACAAGAAGUUCAAGAGUUGCAACUUAAAACUGAAUUGUUGGAGAAACAAAUGAAAGAGAAAGAAGUUAGCCUUCAAGAAAAAUGUACAGAGCUUGAGACACAAAAUAACCUUCUUAAAGAUGAAAAUAGAGCUUUAGAGGAGAAAUUAAAACAUAUUUUGGUAACUUCAGAAGAAAAUUUGAUUUUCAUAGACAGUAUUAAUUCUAAGUCAGAAGACCCUGACCUACAAAAAAGAAUAGAAAAGCUAAUGGCUGAAAAUGAGCAGCUUAUAAAACAAGACAUUGAACUCAAAGCAGAAAUUGAAAGGCAAAAGAAUACUUUUUCAUUUGCUGAGAAAAAUUUUGAAGCUAGUUAUCAAGAGCUGCAGGAAGAAUAUGCUUGUCUUCUAAAGAUAAAAGCUGAUUUAGAAGAGAGCAAAAACAAAGAGGAAGCUGAAUAUAAAACCAGGCUUAAGGCUCUGACUGAAGAGCUUCAGCAUUUACAAAGCUAUGAACUGGUUGUAUUGAAAACUAAAAGUUCAGUCUCUGAAAGCUCUAAAGAAGACAAAAUAUGCAGAGCAGAAACUUUUGAAGUUGGAGAACUUGUUGAGAAAGAUACUACAGAAAUUAUGGAAAAGCUUGAGGUAGCCCAGCGUGAAAAAGAGGAACUGUCCUUGAGACUUUCUGAUCUUUCUGAACAAUUAAAGUUAAAACAUAGUGAAAUUUGUCAAUUAAAUGAAGAAGUUAAAUCUUUAAAACAAGAGAAAGAACAAGUUUUAGUAAAAUGUAAAAAACUAGAAGUCAUAAUUAGCCACAGUCAGACAGAAAAUGUUAACAUUUUUGAACAGAAGACAAAAUACUCUGACGAAAAAGCUCAAGCAGAUGCUAUACCAGUGUCUGAAACUAGGAAUCUAAAAUUUGAUUCCAGCAAUGAACUUAGUGAGGAAAUAAAAGUAAGAGAAGAUAAUCUGAGUUUAUGUAAAGAUUCAGAUCAUCAUGUAACAGACAAGGAAAUUCAGCAAAUUUUGAAUCCAGAGCAGCAAUCACUGUUGGAUUAUCUGCACCAGAUGACUGACAGACUAGAAGGAGAAACAUCACUACUGGCCAUGACACAGCAUGAAAACGAUCAGCUUCAGCAGCAACUCGAUAUAUUAAAAUCUGAACAGGCUGAUUUACGGCUACAGAUGGAGGCCCAGCGCAUUUGUCUCUCUCUGGUUUAUUCAGCUCAUGUAGACCAGGUCCGUGAGUACUUGAAAGCUGAAAAAGAGAAUGCACUCUGCAGCCUUAAAGAGGAGCUCAUCUGCAGUUAUACACAAGAGAUGAAUGAGCUUAAGAAAAUGCAUCAACUGGAGCUCCAGACCUUGAAAGGUCAACAAGCAGAUGACGAAGGCAAAUCUACAGGGAUGCUUAUAGAAAAGCUAAGCAAGGCAGUGUCUGAGGAAUGCUUUAGGCUCACACAGCUUCUCUACAAUGUUCAGAGUGAACAACACUCAAGUCCUGUCAUAAUUAGUCCUGGAGAACAAGACAUUUUCCAUGUUCCUACUUUUGAGAGAAAGGAACCUGACAUAGAAUUACCAACGCACAGAAUUCAGGCUCAAGCCUUGCAAGAAAGUAUGCAAAUUAUUCUGAGCAAGAUAAUGGAAGAAUACAACAGGCUGAUGGCACUUCAUACACAGUUUAUGAGCGACUGUAAAAAGGCUGAAGAGCAACAGACAUCAUAUGUUGAACUGGAGCAUAGAAAAGAAGAGGAAAGCAGCUGUCUGCAAAUGAAGACAGAAGGCUUUCAGACCCCGUCACAGGACCUUAUUGAUUACCCAUUUGCAGAUCUUAUGGUUAGAGCAUCUCGUUGGGAGGAGAUGGAGAACCUUAAAACACAAUUUGAAGGAAAACAUGCUCAAGAAAUUGAGCAUCUCCGAUCCUAUUUCCAGCAGCAGUUGAAAGAAACUGAAGAGAGAUAUACUACAGAGAUCAUUCAUUUACAGAAUAGACUUCAGGAAGUCAAUGAAUCCCCUAAAGAUUUCAGUAUAUCUGCGGAGUCACAAGGAAACUCUAAAGACAUCAUGCAGAAAAUGACACAAACUGAAAGUCUUUAUCAACAAAGUACAGAUACGGCAGUGGAGUUUCCUCGUGAAAUGGAAUCAAAAGGUGAUAUAGACAUUGUUCAGCUGUUGGAAAAACAGUACCAAGAAAGAUUAGAAGAAGAAACAGCUAAGGUUAUUGUGUCAAUGAGUGUAGCAUUUGCCCAACAGACUGAACUGGCAAGAAUGGCUAGACAAGAGGAAGAAUCAGCACAAACACAAAUUGUUUAUAAAAAGGAAAAAUGUUUUGAAAGUAAGAAGAAGUGCACUGAAGAUGAGUUAGACAGCCAUCUUAUUAAGGAGAAGAAAGCAGACGUUAAACAUGCAGAAGAAUUUAAACCGCUUAGCAAGGAGCUGAGUGAAGAGUCCAGUGAGAUUUCUUCUCUUGAAGAACAACUUGAAUCAAGUGUUAAUCCUGGUUACAUACUAGAACUGAGCAAGAAUGAAAUGAGGUUUCCAGUAUUACCUUUCUCCCAUGACAAAGAGCUUACAGUGAAGGAAAUAUCACUCUAUCAUGAGAUGGCAACAUCCAGUACAGAAACAUCAGGUCAGCUGUUGCUAUAUGAAGAGCGUUUAGAAGACAUGCGACAGGAACUUGUACGACAAUAUCAGGAACAUCAGCAGGCAACAGAAUUAUUGAGACAGGGGCAUAUGCAGCAAAUGGAACGGCAAAAAGAAAAUCAAGAACAACUCCUAGCAGAGCUUGAUAGACUUAAAGUUCAAUUAGCCAAGAGUGUCUCAGUGGAGAAUGACAACUUGGUUACAGAGAGAGAGAGAGUGCUUUUAGAAGAACUAGAAUUGUUAAAGCAACAUUCUGUACCCGGAAGAGAGAAGCUGCAUUGUGAGCUAUGCAACAACAGUACGCAAACACAGAAUGAAAAUGAAAGCCAAACUGAAUCAAAAGAGUACACCUUUAACGAUGAAGACGGAGGAGGAAAGCCUGAAGAAAUAUCUUUGGAUAUUCUUUCAAAAGAAAGGCAUACUCUACAGAAGGCUAAUAACAGACUCCUGAAGAUUCUGUUAGAGGUUGUAAAGACAACUGUAGCUGUAGAAGAAACAAUUGGUCUUCAUGUCCUUGGAUUACUGGAUAGACCUGGGAAAGACCCUCCUUCUUCUAAAACUGUUCUAUGGGAGGCGGAGGCAGGGCAGUCCGUAAAGCCCUGUGUCCAUGUGGGAUUUGAAAAAGAAGAGCCCUCUUCCUUAUAUCACGGUACUGAUUUGGGAGCUGAUGCUACUAUGAGGUGGUCAGGAGUAACAGAUGAAGGACUUCAGCUGACUCAGCAUCUCACAGAGAGUGGCUUUCCUGGAGCAGAGAUAGACCCUAACAAUGAAGAAUUAGUUCUAAAUAUUAGUUCUCGACUGCAGGCAGCUGUUGAAAAACUUCUGGAAGCCAUCAAUGAAACCAGCAAUCAGCUGGAACAUGCUAAAGUUUCGCAGACAGAACUUAUGCGAGAAUCUUUCAAAAAGCAGCAGGAGGCCACUGAAUUUUUCAAAUGGCAGGAAGAAUUGCAAGAGCGACUCAAUGAAGAGGUCAAAGCCAGAGAGCAGCUGGCAUUGGAGCUCAGCAAAGCAGAGGGCCUCAUUGAUGGUUAUGCAGAUGAAAGAGCAUUUCUGGAAAAACAAAUCCAGGAAAAAACAGAUAUAAUAGACCAUCUUGAGCAAGAGCUACUAUGUACAGGUAACAAAUUGCAGGAACUAGAGGCUGAACGACAGCAGAUCCAGGAAGAAAAGGAGCUACUCUCCAGACAGAAGGAUGCCAUGAAAGCAGAUGUAGGACCAGUAGAGCAACGCAUAGUAGAUGCUGCAGUCGAUGCAGCUUCCCAAGCAGAGUUACUGGAGGAGACAGAAAAGCUAAUGAAGGAAAAAAUAGAAGUACAGCGUCAAGCUGAAAAAGAGUAUGAUGACCUCCAGAAACAAGUGAAGGCCCUGGAAACAGACGUGGAGGAGCAAGUCAACCGGUUUAUAGAGCUGGAGCAAGAAAAAAAUGCAGAACUGACAGAUCUCAGACAGCAAAACCAGGCUUUGGAGAAGCAGCUUGAGAAAACAAGAAAAUUUCUAGAUGAACAGGCAAUUGACAGAGAACAUGAAAGAGAUGUGUUCCAACAAGAGAUACAGAAACUAGAGCAACAACUUAAGACUCCACAAAGGAUUCAACCUAUCAAUGAACACCAAACCAGAGAGGUUGAACAGUUAACAAACCAUCUACAAGAAAAAACAGACAAAUGCAGUGAGCUUUUGCUCUCUAAAGAGCAACUUCAGAGAGAUAUACAAGAACGGAAUGAAGAAAUUGAGAAACUAGAGUGCAGAAUAAGAGAACUGGAACAAGCCUUAAUUAUCAGCGCAGACAAUUUGCAAAAGGUGGAGGAAAGAAAGCAGUAUGGAGCUGCCACUGUGAAGGGAGAUUUGCCCCUUGAAGUACAAUUGCAGGCUGAACAAGAAGCUGUAGAUAGAAAGGAAAAAGAGAUCACAAACCUUGAAGAACAACUAGAGCAGUUUCGAGAGGAACUAGAAAACAAAAAUGAAGAAGUUCAACAAUUACAUAUGCAAUUAGAAAUCCAGAGAAAGGAAUCCACUACACGAUUUCAAGAACUGGAACAAGAGAAUAAAUUAUUUAAGGAUGAAAUGGAAAGAUUGGGACUAGUGAUCCAGAAAUCUGAAGAUACAUCCAUAAAGGAUCAUUGUCUAGUGCCUGGGAAACUUGCUCAGAUCAUGCAGGAAAAGGAGCAGGAAAUAGAUCAUCUUAAUGAACAAAUAACAAAACUGCAACAGCAACUUGAAAUCACAACAGACAACAAAGUUAUUGAAGAAAGAAAUGAGCAUAUAAGAGAACUUGAAGCCCAGAUAGAAUGCCUAAAAAGUGAUCAAGAGCGUGUGAAGAAAAACAGUGAAGAGGAAAUAGAACAGCUGAAUGAAGUGAUUGAAAAGCUUCAGCAGGAGUUGGCAAAUAUUGAACAAAAAGAACCUGUAGAUGUUGCUUCCAUUCAGGAGGAUGCUGACAGUCUGAAACAUGAGCUUGAUACAGUGUUGGCAGAAAAAGAAGCUUUAAAGAAGCAAGUGGAAGAUGAUAAUGUAGAGUCAUCCAUGACAAGGAAUGAGCUUGAAGAAACUAAAUUAAAAAUGAACCAUUUAAAGAAAGAACUAGAUAUCUUAAAGAGGGAACAUGAGCGAGUAACCGAGAAAUAUAAGCGUUUACUGAUGAAAGGUGACAAGGCAGAAGUAGGGGACAGGAGCAAAGACAAAAGUGAAAAACUGGAAGAAGCCCUGAAUGAGAAGUCACCAGAGCUGCUAGAAAAUAAAAUCCAGCUUAAGUCUGUGGAAGAAAAUACAAAGAUUAGCAACAUGGAGAUAAACCUGCAGCAUCUUCAGGCAGCUGUUAAAGAGAGGGAAUCAGAGUUGUGCCAAUGUUACAACCAAAUAAAGGACUUGAAAGAGCAAGCCAAGGUUGAAACAGAAGUACUUAAAAAGAAAAUACUGGAACUUGAAGAGAGACUUCAGGAAAAGGUUGUUGCUGCUCUUGUGAGCCAAGUUCAGUUGAAUGCAAUUCAAGAGCAAAAUAAUCUGAGGCCAAGAAUGCAGGCAUUUUCAAAAGGUGCUGAAGAAGCAAACAAAAACACACAAACAGAAAAUGUGAAUCACAUAGCUAAAGAAGAGACAGAAUCAAAAUUAUCAGUGUUAACAGAGAAACUUUCAGAGAUGGAGAACCAGCUGGCAAGAAUGUACAAUAACCUGGAGCUAGAAAAAGAAAAUGCAGAAAUUGCACAGAAGGAGGCUAUAAAAAAAGAAAACAGACUGUUAGAACUUCAGCAGUUACUAGAAGACAUUCAGGAAAAACACAAAGAGGAGAUUAAAAACACCCCUAAACAGGGAGAGGUGCAAACAUCUGAGGUAGUCAAAGAACUAACUCAAAGUCAAGAAGGAAGUGUAUUCAUUGCUGAAAGUGAACUAGAGAAAAUCAAAGCUGAAUCAGCUGCUGCCAAGGAAGAACUGAGUAGUUACAGAGAAAAGUCAGAAAAACUUAAAGAGGAAUUAAUGGUAAGAGAAACAAGUAUGACACAUCUUCAAGAAGAGCUGCACAGAGUCCAGGACAACCUAGUUGAAGUGGAAAAGAAGCUUGCAGAUUAUAUGAGAAAGGAAGAGGAAAUAGCGGAACUUGACAGCGGAAAGGAUGUUGACAAACCAGAUAAUGUUUCUGCCAAAGAAGACCCAACUUUCAUCCGAAAAAGUUCAUCAUCUCAGACUGAUAAGACUAUGCAAAUCAAUAGCUCCAACCAAACUUUACAAGUCCUUGUUAAAAAUGCAGAAAUCCAAAAUGAUUUACAAAAUGAAUAUUCAUCAGAGGAGGUUGCAGAGGUCAUAAGAGAGUUUACUGAUAAAAUUGACCAAAUGCAAGAACUCCAUGCUGCUGAAAUCAUGGACAUGGAAACCAGGCAUAUUUCUGAAUCGGAAGCUUUGAAGAGAGAGCAGUUAGUUGCAGUCCAGGUAUUAACGGAAGAAUGUAAUGCUUUGAAGGAGGUCAUAGAAACUUUGAGAGCUGAAGAGGGAGUCCCAAUUUCUGGGUUACCACACACUGCAUCUUAUAUGGCCAGAGAUGGAUGUUCUAGUGACUCUAGUUCGGACUGGAGUCAAGGAAUUUAUCUCACCCAGAGCCAGGGAUCUGACAUAGUAUCAGAAGGAAUAGGAGAUGAUGAUGAAACUUCAACAGAUCUGCUUCCAAAGAGAAUAAAGGGUUUGCUACGAGCAGUGCAUCAUGAAGGCGUACAGGUGCUGUCUCUCACUGAAUUUCCUGACAGUGAAAGGGAUAUACUGUCUCUUAAACAAGGGCCAGAAUCAUGGCUUGAGGAAAGGAAAACUUUUCUGAGCACUGUUUCAUCUUUGAAGGAUUUAAUUACACAAAUGCAACUGCAUAGGGAAACUGAGAUUUAUGGGGACUGUGAAUCUCCUGAAAGUGUUCCAGACUGGCGAGGUGAACUUCUGUGUGCUGUUCAGCAAGUCUUUUUGAGAGAACAGGAUGUUCUUCUAGCAGCAUUUCAAACCGAACUUGCAGAACUGGUUACCAAGGAUGCAAUUGUGUUGAUGAACCAGUUAGAGCACAGACUUCAAGAACAGGUUAUUAGCCAGAGAACGGCAAUGGACUUCAUUCAGAAUGCAGACAGAAGAAGUUUGCUAAUGGAAAUUCAAAUACUGCGCACUCAGAUGAAUAAUAGAAAAAUUAAUCCAAAGAGAGAACAAGAGAUUGAUCCAAAAAGUCAAGAAAUUUUGGAGUACAACAUGCAGCAGAAGCAGUCUCAGAUACUGGAGAUGCAAGUGGAGCUCCACAGUGUGAAGGACAGAGCGGCUGAACUUCAAGAACAGCUGAAUUCUGAGAGAAUGAUGGUUUCAGAACUGAAGAAUGAACUUGCCCAAGCUAAACUAGAACUUGAAACAACCCUUAAGGCCCAGCACAAGCACUUCAAAGACUUGGAAACCAUCAGGACUGAGGUUAAAGAGAAAGCAGCUGAGCUAGAUAUGUUAAAAGAUACAAUGGCAAAUGAACAGAAAAAAUCAAGAGAGCUUCAGUGGGCUUUGGAAAAGGAAAAAGCUAAAAUGGAACACAAUGCAGAAAGAGGAAGAGAAGAGCUAGAGGAUUUGAAAAUUUCUCUUGAGGAUCAGAAACAAAAGAAUUUACAAUUAAAUAAACUUUUGGAACAAGAGAAACAGCUGUCCAGUGAUCUGCAACAGAAAAUUGAAUCCCAGGAAGUUCUGAAUGCAGCCCAGCUGUCACAUGAACGAGGCCGUAACUCUGAGCUUCAGGUGCUACUUGAAUCAGAGAAAGUCCGAGCUCUCGAAAUGAGCAGUGCCCUAGAAAGGGAGAAAGAACUAUGUGCUCAGCUUCAGAGUGUUGAAGAUAAGGGGCAGGAUGGAACACACAAACCAACUGAAGAGUUACUUAAAGAUUUACAGAAACGAAUGGAUGAAAAACAUGACCGUAUAGUAGAGUUAGUCAGUGAGAUGGAGAGGUAUAAACUUGACUCUGUGCAAAUGAGGCAACAGAUGGAAAAGGAGAGGCAGAUUCAGAGGAAGAUGCUGCAAACAGAACAGGAUGCUAACAUAUUAGCACAGAAGCAAGUACAUGAACUGGAGUCCAAAAUGGAAGAUCUUCACUGGCAGCUUGGAGAGAAGAGACAACAGGUUCAUAAACUAGAGCAUGAGGCAAAGAAGUUGCAGGAAAUAAUACAGGAGUUACAGAAAAAAGAACUGGCAAGGGAGGGAAAAAAGGAAGCUGAAAGAGCAAUGUGCCAGAAUCUCAAUGAGACUACUUGGGAUACAUCCAAUGAGAGAACAAGAAAUUGGGUUCUACAGCAGAAAAUGGAAGGAGUUGAAAUGAAUGAAUCAACCUACCCCAUGCUGACUGAAGUGAAAGGAGAAGGUGAUCUAAGUGAAGGAAGUAAAGUUCUGGAGAACAUCAGACAAAAGCUACAAAAUGUAUCUUCAAAGCUGAAACAAUUGGCACACAAAGCCGCCUGCAGGUUACAGUUUGAAACAGCAGAUGACGACAAGUUUAUUGAGGUACAAAGUAAUAUUGAAGAUGUUCUUUUACUGUUGGGAACAUUACCUGGAUUGUCCCAACUAGAAGAGCUGAAGUUAGCGUUGCCCCCUGGGGCCACCGCUAGCUCACUAACUGAAAAACUGCUGAGACAAAAUGCAGAGCUGACAGGGCUUGUCAGCAGACUGAGUGAGGAAAAGAACAAUUUGAGGAACGCUGCCAUGAAACUGGAGGAAGAACUCAGACGAUACCAACAGAGAGGACCUUGUGGAGAUUAUUCUUCUAGAUACUCACUGGACAAUGGAGCUAAUAUCGAUACACUCAUUGCCUCUGAGAGAGAGAUUUGGAACAGAGAAAAGCUGUCACUACAGAAAUCUUUGAAACAAGCUGAUGCAGAGUUGUCCAAAUUGAGAGCAGAACUAAGGAGUGAAGCUUUUCUGAGAGAAUUGGGAUCGAGUUCUGAAAACGCUGUUUUAAAGAUAAUUUAUGGAAAAUAUCUGAGAGCAGAGAGCUUUCGGAAAGCUCUCAUAUAUCAGAAAAAAUACUUACUGCUCUUAGUAGGUGGAUUCCAAGAGUGUGAAGAAGCCACCCUGGCCCUCAUUGCAAGAAUGGGUGGGCAGCCUUCAUACACUGACCUAGAAAUUAUUACACAUCGUUCAAAGGGUUUUACCAGAUUUCGCUCCGUGGUCAGAGUGUCCAUUGCAAUUUCAAGAAUGAAGUUCCUGGUUCGUCGAUGGCACCGAGUUACAGGUUCUGAUUUAAUAAGUGUCAACAGGGAUGGCUUUAGCCUGAACACAGGUAAUGAGCUACGGCCUGAUUCGUUAGCUGGUGGUCUGGAGCUCUACGGAGAACACAGACAUUCUUCUGAUAGAUCCAGAUCAGACCUAGAGUCUCUCAGAUCUCCUAUAAAUUCUCAACACAGGUACCAGGGCAUCCAUGUUGAUUUAAGCCCAGCUUCCCUUGCGUGUUCUCAACUGCAGAAUUAUGAUCCUGACAGAGCUUUAACAGAUUAUAUCAACCGACUGGAGGCACUACAGAGGCGACUUGGAAGCGUGCAGUCAGGUUCUACUUCCUACACUCAUUUGCACUCUGGUGUUAGAAGAUAAUACCCUUUCAACAUCCCCAUCACUGGUAAUGAUGAUGAAUGAACUACCUUUCUGUAAAUCUGUGCUCCUUCUGUGCUUUUGUAUAAUGUGCACAUUGUGGGACCAACAUGAACACAGUUGUAUGAUUACACAGUUCCCUUGCUGGCACAUCCACGCAGACUGGAAUUUAUGUAUAUAGGCACUUUGUGUUCAUUCAAAAAUCAUUAAAUUACAUGUAUAUUUGUGGAAUGCUAAUUUAAAUGAUUAAGUUAUAAAAAAGUGUGUAUUUAUCAAAUGGGAUGCCAGGAGAUGAAGCUUGUGUAUUUGAUUGCUGAAUGUGUAGCUCAAAGUGUACUGCACUUUUUCUGACACAGCUACUGAAGUUACACAAUUCUGUCCUAAUAUAUUUGCUAUGGCAGUGCAGACAGAGUAUGUCACUUGUAGAGACCUAUUUUUGUAAGGUAGAAGUUUUGAAUUUUAUGGGUAUUUUGUCAAAGUACUGAAAUAAAGAUGACUUCAUCCUU